GAAGGAGUGGGAGGAGCUGGUGACUGAGGUGGCGUCACGUCCGCGCGAGAGCGAUACGCAGGAGUGUUCGCGUAGUGCGAGCGUGAGAGGAUGGAGGCCGCAGAGCAGCAGCGGAGCUCGAGUGACGGCGCGCCCGCCAGAGGAGCGGGAGUCCCGGGCAGCGGGGGCGGAGCAGGUCCGGGGGGAGGCGCGGAAGGCGAGCGGGACAGAGAUCGAGCCACUUUCGAGUGCAACAUCUGCCUGGACACCGCCCGGGACGCGGUCAUCAGUCUCUGCGGACAUCUGUUCUGUUGGCCAUGUCUUCAUCAGUGGCUGGAGACGCGUCCCAGCAGACAGCAGUGUCCCGUGUGUAAAGCAGGAAUCAGUCGAGAUAAAGUCAUUCCUCUGUACGGCCGCGGCAGCACCAGCCAGGAGGAUCCCAGAUUGAAAACACCACCACGACCUCAGGGUCAAAGGACAGAACCAGAGAGCAGAGGACCGUUUCAGGGUUUUGGUGACACAGGGUUUCACAUGUCUUUUGGAGUCGGGGCUUUUCCGUUUGGUUUUUUCACCACAGUCUUUAACAACAACGACAAUUUUCACAGACGAGAUCCUCAAUACGGAGUCGAUCAUCAAGCCGAUGGCAACGGCAACAACUGGCAGGACUCGCUCUUCCUCUUCCUGGCCAUCAUCUUCUUCUUCUGGUUGCUGAGCGUGUGACGCCUUCUCGCUUCAGCCCGUCUGCGAUCGAAACAACAGUAACACAUGCUUUCAGAAGAUCAGCUGUCUGUGUCUCACACACACACACACACAGUGUUGAGAGACAGUAUUAACAAACACUACAGGAGCUGAUGAAGCAGCUCACAAAACAGCAUAUUUCACCUCAAGAUCAAUACAAAUGCAAUGAGAAAUUACAUUGUGCAUAAAGAAAAUGUUUGUUUUUUCAUCAUGAUUAAACGUAUUUAAUUCCCAAAUUCUCAU